AUGUCGUUCUCUCCAACGUUCGGGGACUUUGGCGACUUCAUCUCCAUCAGCCUUCUAAUCAACGACCUCAUCCGAGCGCUUAGUGACAGUCGAGGCUCAACUGCCGAGUACCAGACCUUGGCGCAGGAACUUUGCCUGCUGAACACAGCGCUACUGCAGAUGCCCGAACUACAGGCGCUCCGAGACCUUAGUCUUAAGACAGCGCAAGAAUGCCGCAACCAGAUCCAAACCUUCUCGGCGAAGAUCAACAAGUAUGAGACCACUCUGGGCUCUGGUUCCGGCGGGAGCGCUGUGAAGACCGCGGCAAGGAAAAUCCAGUGGUUGACAGAGAAAAGCGACGUCAGUCGGUUUAGAGCUGAGAUUAUGGGACAGAGGAACGCGAUCAGCUUGCUCCUAGCUACCACCUCCAUGAAGCUGCUGCAGCAACACCACGAAGAUGUUACGAAACACAACGAAUAUGUUUCGAAACGGUUAGAUCGUGUGGACAGACGAAUUGACGUGGUGGACAACAAAGUGUCUUCUCUGGGGACACAUGUCACAGGCUACCUUGACUCCAUCAAAACGAUGGGCGUCAAGCUGACUCACUAUAUGAUGUUGAUCAUGCAUGGCAACGUACGGAUCUACAGUCAGAUGCUGGCCUGGAGGACUACACAAGCUACGGGGCUCGCGCGGCCACCCAGCGAGGAGUUCUUCGUGCUGAUCGACGCCGUCGGCCGAGAAGCACCUGUCCAUCUCCGCUUGAUAAACUCUUGGGAGGCGUUGAAUUGGGUGUUGCUAGCACGGUUCAAAGAUUGGAAAGGCGCCAAAAGAGUUGCACAUGGUCGCUAUGCGCUACAAGACCAUACAAUGAGCAGAGAUAUAAAGAGGUCCAUGGACUUCGAGGCGGCAUCCCUACCAGGGCAGACUGUCGCCAUGAGCAUCGAGUGCAAGAGAAACGGAACCAGCGAGAUUCGGACCUCGAAGUGUCCUAAAUGUGGCAGCCCCCUGUCAUGCCGCUUCUGUUUCACUCAGAUACCCGCACCCUUGAAUGUUCCAACCAACGCCCCGUACCAACGGAACUCAAGUCCGAAGGGCCAGAACAACGGCAAAGGCAGAACAGUCAUCAUCAGUGUAAGCCAAGACACGGACAGUUCCGACGAGGAGGACCUUGUUCCCUUCAAGCGAGUCCGCCUCAUCGAGGCCAUGCUACCUACCACCCUCGACCUAUGGCUGAGCAAUAAGCCUGCCAAGUCAAGAAAGACGGCCAGGCUAACUGGCUCCAUGGAACGAUGGUUACAAGCAAACGAUGACCCUUUGACCAUCGCAGGGCUGAAAUAUGGCCAAUAUAACCCUAGAGCCAAGUCAAGAGAGACGACCACGCUUGAUCAACAGCCACGGCCUGAUAAUGCGAGUGAUACAUCAGAAUGGUCUGAGUGGGAAGAUUUUGAUGAGGAGGACCGUGAACCACCUCCCUUCAACUUUGACAUGGUCCCCUAUGACUGA